AAAUGCUUGGUAAGUGGCAGGUUUGUUGAAGGAAUGGGAUCCUGAGACCUUAACUCCUAUGGAGUCUUUAUCUAAUUUUUUCGCGGUCAGGAAAAGUUUCCAAGACCAAUUCAUGCAGGCCUUUCCUUUUCCUUUCAUCAUUUCAACUUAGUAUUCAUUUAACAAAUAUCCUGGUAUCCAAAUAUUGAGCACCUACUCUAAGUGUGCUUGGUGCUGUGCGGAAAAUAUAUGACUAAUACAAAUGAAGCAACAACAAAUAUGUCGGCGUGUAAUUAAGUGUGAAAUUACAGGGCAGACUAUCAGCGCUAAUAGCUCAGAGUAAGAAUCAGUGAAGACUGACGUAGAAGUAAAUUCCAAAGUCCACCAGCCCUCAGCUCUACCCUUCUAAAUGCUCCACCUGUUGAUAGCAGGACCAUAACCGGGAAAGCUAACUUGCGACUCAGAAGGCCCUUAGAGCUCCAACUCCUUUGUUUUAAGGAGAAGAAAAACUAAGAGUGGGAACCGGAAAGGCCUGGGCAGAGAUGGGUCCAGAACCCAGGACUCGUGAAGUUCUGAAAGGAAGGUGUCCUGAAGGUCCAAGGCGCCUGCGUCGGGGCCUGUAGAACGCGCCGUGGGCCAGGUCGGGAAGGAGGCCAGGGCGCAUUCCUGGAGAGGCUAAGGUGCCUGUCGUUGUCGUUAACGAUUCUUUUUGUGGCCAGAUGGGUUUGUAUGGACAAACUUGUCCAUCUGUAACUUCAUUAAGGAUGACAUCUGAACUGGAGAGCAGCCUAACAUCUAUGGACUGGCUACCACAGCUUACCAUGAGAGCAGCCAUCCAAAAAUCCGAUGCUACACAAAAUGCGCAUGGGACAGGAAUAUCUAAGAAGAAUGCACUUCUUGACCCCAAUACAACCCUGGACCAGGAAGAAGUCCAACAGCACAAAGAUGGGAAACCUCCAUACAGUUAUGCCAGCCUCAUUACAUUUGCAAUUAAUAGCUCACCCAAAAAGAAAAUGACUUUAAGUGAGAUUUACCAGUGGAUUUGUGAUAACUUCCCGUAUUAUAGAGAGGCUGGCAGUGGUUGGAAGAAUUCCAUACGACAUAAUCUGUCAUUGAACAAGUGUUUCCUUAAAGUGCCUCGAUCCAAGGAUGACCCUGGAAAGGGGUCUUAUUGGGCAAUAGACACCAAUCCGAAGGAAGAUGCGCUGCCUACUCGGCCAAAGAAGAGGGCACGAUCGGUAGAGCGGGCCUCAACUCCAUAUAGCAUAGAUUCAGAUUCUUUGGGAAUGGAGUGUAUUAUAUCGGGAAGUGCCUCUCCAACUCUGGCAAUCAACACUGUGACUAACAAAAAAAAUACAGAACAUCAUUGCACUAUACAUCAGUGCACUAAUAUAGUAACAUUGUAUAACACUGAUCAGGAUGGUAGUGAUAGCCCUCGGAGCAGCCUUAACAACAGUCUCUCAGACCAGAGUUUGGCAUCUGUUAAUUUGAACAGUGUUGGAAGUGUACAUAGUUACACACCGGUUUCAAACCAUCCAGGAGAACCAGUCUCGCAGUCAGUAACUCCUCAGCAGCAGCCACAAUACAACCUUCCAGAACGAGACAAGCUGCUUUUCUCAGAAUAUAAUUUUGAAGAUCUUAGUGCCUCAUUUCGGAGCCUUUAUAAGUCAGUUUUUGAGCAGUCACUUAGUCAACAAGGUUUGAUGAAUAUCCCUUCUGAAUCGUCCCAGCAGUCCCACACUUCGUGUUCCUAUCAGCACUCUCCUAGCAGUACUGUGAGCUCUCACCCACACAGCAACCAAAGCAGCCUGUCCAACAGUCAUGGUAGUGGCCUCAAUGCCACGGGCAGUAAUUCGGUUGCUCAAGUCUCACUGUCUCACCCCCAGAUGCACACACAGCCGGCUCCACAUCCACCCCAUCGACCGCAUGGUUUAUCGCAGCAUCCGCAGCGUCCCCAACACCCAGCACCGCACCCGCAGCAACACAGCCAGCUCCAGUCCCCUCACCCCCAGCACCCCUCUUCACAUCAGCACAUACAGCACCAUCCGAACCAUCAGCACCAGACGUUAACACAUCAGGCACCCCCACCCCCACAACAGGUAUCCUGUAAUUCUGGUGUUACAAACGAUUGGUAUGCAACACUUGAUAUGCUAAAAGAGAGCUGUCGAAUUGCCAGCAGUGUUAAUUGGUCAGAUGUAGACCUUUCACAGUUCCAAGGUCUGAUGGAGAGUAUGAGACAGGCAGAUCUCAAGAACUGGUCUUUAGAUCAGGUUCAGUUUGCUGAUCUCUGUUCUUCUCUUAAUCAGUUUUUUACACAAACUGGCCUUAUCCACUCACAGAGUAAUGUUCAGCAGAACGUUUGUCAUGGUGCCAUGCAUCCAACCAAACCCUCUCCACACAUUGGAACAGGAAAUCUGUACAUAGACUCCAGGCAAAAUCUCCCUCCCUCCGUGAUGCCGCCCCCUGGUUACCCUCACAUCCCACAGGCGCUCAGCACUCCAGGAACAACGAUGGCAGGCCAUCACGGAGCGGUGAACCAGCAGCACAUGAUGCCUUCCCACGCCUUCCAGAUGCGGCGCUCCCUGCCUCCAGACGACAUCCAGGACGACUUUGACUGGGAUUCCAUCGUGUAGCUCAUUUCCGCAAGGCACCCACUGGCACCUUUCUGUGCAGGGGAGGGAAAGGUUUAAGAGAAUCCAGUUGAGAAAACAAAGUUGCUAAUCACUUUACUGAUAUUAUCAAAAUUUCUUUUGAAGACAAUCAGAAGGAUUUUAGCUGGAUAACCUACUGCUUUUAUCUGACCCAAACAAGUACUACACGUUUGUCUCCCUGCCAGCUGCCCUGUGUAGCUCCUAACUGUUGUGUGAUUUGGACGGCUUUUUGCAUAUUUGUGUCAGUUUGAUGUUAACCACAAGUGCCAGACUGAUUUUUCAGACAGAGCCUAUUUUGCUGCAAGCAGUUUAUAGAUACAUAUGUGUAAAUAUAUGUAUAAAAAUUAUGAAAAGCUUCAAUUUUUUUCUAAUUGGAUUAUUAUGUCUUGAAAAGAAAGUUACUGUCAGUUUUUAUUCCUUGUUAGGCUAUUUUCUGCAGGAUGCUUUUAACCGAUACAGGGAACCGAAAGUUCAUUUCCCCUUGUUUAAUCUUUCUCAGAAAUGUGGGUCAUGGGUUCUACCUGGGAAGUCAAGGAACCCAGAGUUUGAUACUCUCCAAACAGUCCAAAGGGGCAGGUUUUUCCUGAGCAGCAGAAAUAACCAAGCAAACGUGUGUCGGUGCUUGGGGGAUUCUAGAGUAUAUGUUGUACCUUGUCGGUGUUUUUCCUAAACCUGCAUUACUAUAACAGCUCUGGAAUUUGAUCAGCUGGAAGCCCGGGCAUCAGUUGACUCUUUAAACAAGUCAAUGCCUCCACAGUCAUUUAUGUAUUUAUUGUUCAAAAGUGUUAUUUUAAUAUUUAUUGCUACCUUGUGAAUGCUCCACUCCUGUUGGGUUCAUUAAGGAGAAAUGUGGUGUCCAAAAGCACAGAAUUACUUUUCUUGGUAAGAGUUUACUGACAAGACAAUCAGAGGGACAUCGUGUUAUUCUCUUUAUCAUCACCCCUUUCUAU